AUGGCAGAACCUCGAGGCGCAGCCGCUCGUCUGCGGCGUACAUUCCACUAUCCCACAGACGACGACUCGGCAGACUCACAGCCAGAAGCCAUGGACGAAGAGGGUACGACGCAAAAGAUACCAAAACCUCAUUCCCAAGCCAUCCCAUUCCCCUCACUCUUCAUCUUUCCAUUCCGUCUUACAUCAAAAGCUAACACCCAACCCCCUAACCUAGAACAAGAAACCCUCAUCCGCCGCCUCGCAGAAGAUAACGCAGCCCGCAACGCCCAAUUCGCAACCGCCCUCCUCGCCCUUCCCCUCCUAACAACGAUCCCCUACCUCAUAAACCUCGCCCGCCUCUCCGCCCCGCUCACCUCCCUCCUCUCUCUGACAUCCCUCCUCUCGACCGCCUACCUCCUCCACACCCAACCCCCAGGCGCGACCGGAAUCCCCUGGCUCGACGCAUGGUCCCGACCAAAGACUCCGCGCCCCAGCCCGGCCUCCUCGCUCGAGUCCUCGACCUCGUCCGUCUCCGGCGGUCCGUCGUCCUACCAGCCCAUUCAGACAACGCAGAGGAGACGCAGGCGGAGCUCUUUUUCUUUCGCCGAGGAGCAAAAAGGUCCACUGGAGCUGUAUCUGCCGUACCUCAACCUCGGACUCUGUGGUAUGCUUAUCCUGGCGGGGUUGGCGACGAAGUCGAGCGAGAAGGCUUCGUUUGGCCACGUGGGGCUGGGGAACUUGCCUGCUAUAGUGUACGUCGUUGUUCUCAUUGCAAAGGUGGUCAUGGGCAGCGUCGAUCCGGAAAAAGAGUUGGCCGCGCUCAAGUAUGGUUUCAAAGGCGCGUAA